CAUUCUCAAACCAUAGCCAUACAUUUCUUUGCUGUCAUAAAUCGCAACUUCAAGAACAUCAACUGUGCAGAACGACGACAAGUCUAUUCAUCUAAUAAAUUCUUCAUUGAGUAACAAAGAGAGAGCAGACAAGAAGAUGGGCCAAUCGUUAUCCUCGGAUUGUCGAGACCGUUGCCAUGACAAGUGCUCAGCGUCACCCUCAGCAGACCAAGAAAUCAUUGCGAAUGAGACUACCGCGGAGAAAUUUUACUUCAAAGCUAAAGGUACUAAAUACUUGAGACUUCCUGAAAUCCAUCUUCAGAAGCAUCUUGGACGUCCCGUGUCCGGGAAAUGGGUCCAAGAUGAGUUUCAAGAUGGAUGUCCGGAAGGUCUAAUAGACUCAAAUACAACUCAAAUAGGCAAGUAAAAAACACUCAAUUAACACCUCCGAGUAUCUGAGAUUUUUCCCUAGCAUACUAGGUUAUUUUAGUUUUUCGAUCAGUUCUUUUUGUGGUUUGCUGAUUCUUCUAGUAAAAAGUGCGAAGAAGCCUCUGUUUGUUUUUUAUAACAGGCUUUAUCUUCUAUAACAAGAAAACAUCGUCGUUUUUCUUGACCGCAGUUUCUUUCAUUUUUCACCACGACUACAGGCUCUUCCUUUUCAGCACCAGUGACAGAAGAGGCAAUCUUUCUGCAACAGACGGCCGCGUCGAUAUUAUUUGCACCUCCAACGGGUGCAGGGGGGGCUUCUAAUUCAAAUCCUCUUGGUGUACCUUGUUCGAGUAUAACUACAGCAGGAGCUGGAGCUCCAGGCACUACUCUAACUGCCUCUACUUCAUCUACGACAGGAGAAACUACGGGAGCUGCUCAAACCGCAACAUCAUGUACAACGAGCAGCUCUUGGCUACGAUCACCACCGCGUGAUAUCAUCUUGUCAGACCAUACAAUUACAACAAGUCAUAGUACUGCAGGUGCAGGAAUUGGAGGAGGAGGUCUACCUUUUGUUGGUGGAGGAUCUCGAAGUCCGUCUCCUGGCACCUCGUCCAGCAGUAGUUCUCCUUCUCCCAACUACACUGGUGCCGCUAAUACUAAUUAUUGUACAGGAGCUGCCAACAAGUUGCUAUACAACAAUCAAGUGAUAUAUGAGGGGCAAUUCAAUGCGCUAGGGCAGAAGCACGGUCAAGGUCGCCUGAGAUGGCCAGAUGGGAGAUGCUAUGAAGGUAAGAAAAAUUACGUUUGCGUUGAUCUUUAUGCAGGAAGCUCUAGAUUUUUCGUUUAAUCACCACCUGUGUUCAACCUUUCACACAACAGUUUCAGUUUCAUCUUGCCACGACGACCUACAGUACCUACUAGACCUUCUACAUCUCUACUCAUAAUAUCUUCUUCAUCAUGUCGUGGUCGUCUCACUCUCACACCACUGAAUCCCAAGAGCUUUUCCAGGUCCUUUCCACAACGACGAAUUUUGUGGUGAAGCCACGAUGGUCUGGCAGGACGGUCGAAAAUACGAGGGCCAAUACGAAAAGGGUAAAAAACAUGGGGAAGGAAGCUUUUUUUGGCCUGAUGGGAGGUCGUAUGUAGGACAAUGGCAAACAGGACGUAGGCAUGGGGAAGGCGUUUACAGAGAUCCGAAGACGAAAUUUCAUAGACUGUUAUGAUAACGUCGGUAGUCUUAAAUGUACAGAAACCCGAAGACGAAAUUUCAUAGACUGUUAUGAUUUAGAGGGAUUGAUUUUGAUGCUACAACAGAAGUAUGAAGCUACUAUACACUCUUUCUAUAUCAACAUUCUAAAACUCGCAAAGUGGCACGAAGACGAGCCUGUUGAGUGGCUGCAAGAUAUUUGGUCUAGCGCUCCUACUGGUUCGUCAGGUAGUAGAAGCAGAUCCUCCAAGUCACCACCUGCUGCUCCCGAGCCUUCAACAAAUGCUAGUGGUGUCCGUACUCCAGCAGGACCAGGCCCACCAAGAUAUGAACAGUCCACGACUUCAAGUGCGGCGAAGAUGAUCACGUCGAACACUGUCACGGGUGGAUCAUCGAGAGGACGAAAUACAGCACAUAAACAAGGGCAAUCUGGUAGUGGUAGUUCUUCAGGGCAUAGUACUACAACUACUUCAACAGGAGCAACGACAUCAUCUCUGAACGCUCCUUCGCCUCCUGAUUUGAGAGGUGGAGGUAGUACUGACAGGAAUAGCAUGAAUAGUGGUAGCAAAUCCCGGAUGAUUCCCUCCACAAUGCGACCGCCGCCCUUUCCUCUGCUGGGAAAAGUUGGCGAUCCCAACUCUCCACUACUAAAUUACAAGUUGCACUUGGAUUCGCCUCCUGGGUGAGGUAGAUCGAUGGAAGAGAGAUCCUGCUUAGUGGAGCUUUGUACAACGUUGAUACUAGCUGCGCGCGGACACUGAAAUACGACCACUCCUGCUAUGUCGUUGGGUCGUCUACCUCGAGAAGCGCUUGAAGCACUGAGAAGAUGUCCUUGUUGUCUGAAAAAUUACAUUAUACCAGAAUAUGAAUAUCACAGUCCGUCGAUCUCUCCGAGAAUACCUCCACGCUUGACUACUGAUCGGUGACCGAGUAGGUCGGCUAGUCCUCGUGUCUGCAUUCUUGAUUCAAUUCCUUCACUUUCCACUUCAAAAUGCAAAACCAACACAAGAACUCAUCUGCAUGCAUCACGGCAAGCCCUCAAUGAAGGCAAAAGUAAAAGAUGUCUUGCUGUAAUUUUAGUUAUGAAGAUUGCCAUUGCUCCUAUGAUUGCCAAUCGGUUCUUGUUCCAGGAGCACCUAAUUCCGUUUCCGGCUUCCGAAAUCUAGAUCUCAAGUGAAAUUGGAAGACAAAUCAUCCCCCAACCGUGCUGCAGUCCAAAAAUUUCUUUCAUCCAGCAGAAGUACAGAAGCUACUAAGAGA